AUCUAACUUCCCAGUGAUCUCAGCUAGCUUCAAAAUGAGAAAAAAGAUGAAUAUUAUACUGUGGAUGGGAAUUUUCCUGAUCGCCAUCGAGUCAGGUGGAUGCGAUUUAUCUUACUUUCGCGAAAGAAGUAUUAGAGAUACAGGUAGGAGAGUUAUGAAGUUUGAAACUUCAGACCGAAUUAAUAGAUACAGAAUGUUAGACAAAAGGACAUUUCCUCUAGAAAAAUCUUUUACACUUGAAAUUGAUACUGAUACAAAGGCAACUGAUUCUGAAUCUGGAUCAAUGAUUAUACGUAAGGUAACAAGAGAAACAUUUCAGAUAUCUAAAUUUUCUGAUAAGAAGGAUAGAAGUAGAAGGAAUUCCAUGAAAGAACGAAGUACAAGCAAAUCUGUGAUAAAAUCAUUACUCGACAUGGGCAAUGAUAUUCAAUUAUCGAAGAUGUUAGCUUUAAGUGAUGAGUCUUCACUGAAAGCAAAUGAACCAACUCGAAUUAGGCGUGACAUUACGAUGCAGCGAAGAUUAUCGAAUGAAAGAAAACAUCGAUUAUCAGAAGAAAAUCGAAUUAAUCGAUUUAGAGGAAAUAGAAAAUCGAGUAGGUUGAAUAUCAGAUGGGAAAACAACAACGACGAGACAAUGACGAAAAUACGUUUCCGGGAUUCCGAGGUUAGAAAAACAGUUAGAUUAGCAAAAUGGGAAACAACAGAUUUCAGUAUUCCUUCAAUUGGUAUUUUCCGUAGACAAACUCGCCUAGGUGUUUCAAAACAGUUUUCUUUUAAAGAUCGAGUUAGAAAUAAUAUUCGACAAGAAACGAACGGUGCUGAGGGAUUUAUUCGAAAAGACAGGUAUAACACAAGGAAUUUAUCGAAUAUAAAACUUACCGAACUUUCAACAGAACGGAAUACAGAGAGUAAAUUACAAAAACCAAGAUAUGAGCGUCAUUUAUUAGUUCCUAAGAGAGAACUGAAAAUACCAUCAGAGGAAGUCAGAGUUAAGACGAACAUUGGUAAACGAUCUCGGAAAAGUAUCAGGACAAACGAUAUUAAAUAUGGAAAUAUGGAGGAAACAGUAAACGAGCAAAAAAGUGGUAGAGGAUUAAAAAGAACACUCGACCAACGAUUAGAUUCUAGUCGACGUCAGUUCAUCGAAGCUGUAGUAAAACAUCGGCAAAAUCGAAUGGCUUUGUUCGAGUCUGGAAGAAUCAGAAAUCAAUUACAAACAACAAGAAACGGACGUAAUUAUGGCAUAGAAAGUUCUAAUGGAAUGCAAAACAGGCAGAGAACAGACAUUCUAGGUUUUAAUCGAAGAAAUAAGGAUGCUUCCUCUAGAAAAAUUGCAGCUUCGGGCGAAGUACGAGAAUAUAACAAUCAAGAUAAACAGACCAGAAGAAACGAACGAAAUUUUCGCAUAGAACAUUCUGAAAGAAUUCGAAACAGGCAAAGAACAGACGUCCUGAAUCCCAGCAGGAAAUAUAGGGAAGUUUCAACUAGAACUAUUGCAACUGCAUUUCAAGCACUUGAAACUGAUAAUUCGAAUAGGAAAUUAAGAACUUGCGAUCUAAAUUCGAAUCGUCACAUUGACAAACGAUUUUCACGACUGACAGCUAAUGAAUUUACAAGCGAAAGUAUUCAUUUCAAAAGAGAAAUUAAACUUUCAAAUAAAAAUAGGCAAUCCAUGAUGCGGGCUGGCAACAAAGAAAAUAUUCCGUAUGACUUACCAACUCGUGGCAGAAGUAUGCGAAUUCAAGAUAGAGCAAAGAAUAUUCUCAAUAAUAAAAUGAGUAGAACUACAGAGAAUGAACUUGAACGCAAACAACGGAAUGUUCGUUCAGAUGAAAGGCUUUCAACCCAUUUUCGAUCUCAGAUCAAUAACGAACUAUCUGUUUCGAAACUUCAUGAUACUCGAAGUAGAAACGGAAACAUAAGGAUAAGAAACAACAGAGAAAACAAUAUGGAAGCUAGACGAUCUAUCAUGAAACUGGCAACACCUCUGAGUGGACGUUUUGUUAAGUCACUGGAUGAUGUCAGAACCUCAGUAAAUAAUGAUAUCACUAAUAUUAGAAAGAUAGUUACUAGUUCAUCAAGAUUGAAAGAAAACAUACAGAUGGUAAGACUGCAUGACAAAAAAUUUAGAUCUAUUAUCAUGAAUAUGCUCAAUUCAAAUAAAAGAACCGCAUCAAACCAACGUUCAGAACAAAGGAUCGAAAACAUACAUAUGAGCAAAAGAAAUGAUGGACGUAUCCGAAAAGAGCUAAUAAGUUACAGAAUUUCUGAUUUCCAUAAUAGAAGAUCUGAACACCGAAUAAACGGAGAUCGAAGUUUUAGAAGUCAUAGAACCAGAGAUGAAUUUAAACCAUCGAAACUCAGAAUUUCUUCUGAUUUGAUGAGAGAAUUAUCAUUUCGAAAAGCAGAACAAAUACGAAAAGAAUUAGGUCGUCGAGAUAGUGAUCGCCAGCAGCGAAGAAUCGCUGUUCGAUCAUCACCCAUGCAUCUCAUUUUCACUUCUAAACUUCAUUCUACAGCAACGAAUUCCACAUCUAAGGAUAAUGGUUAUGGUUACUCUGUUACGAAAUUUCGAGAAACAGUUUCUUCGAAAAAGUCCACUGUCUUCUUAGGUCGUAUUGCGAAGUUGAAUAGAUCAGUUGCUGCACCAAAGUCUUCGUCUUCCAAUAAGUCUUUCAUGGAAUUUUAUGAAUAUAUAUCUGAGAAACGCAGGAGCUUUAUUUCUCUGAUCCUGAAUGUGAUGCUCGGAUUGGCUGUUAUUGUCUUCUCUUCCGAUGAUAAGAAUAAAGGUUUCAUCCCACGUCGUUUGACACCAUUCGUCGAUGGUUUCUUGAAAUACACUACAGUUAUUUGAAAGAGUUUUUAAAACCCUAUUCUGUAAUUAGCUCUUCGAAAUAUAUUUAAUUUAGUCAUAAACGUGAUUGUGUGAAGCAUCUGUUAACAAAUAUGUGAUAAUAUAUGUAUCUUGUGGUUGAUAGUAGUGAUAUUUGUUUCAUGUAGGCAACAGAAAGUGAUAUUUAUUCAUUAUUAAUGUAGUAUAUGUAUCAUAUAGACAAUGCAGAAUGAGAAAUAAA